AUGGCGAGCAAUAUCGCCCUAGGCAGCCCUUCACAAAACAGCCGGCUCGAGGGCCUCCCCUGCCUGAUCCAGCACAAUGUACUGACGAUGCUCGACCUGUGCGACAUUGACUCCCUGGCACGUGCGUCUCCGGUGCUUUACCAGCUGGUCAAGCGAGAUCGAGCUUCUCUCAUCUAUAGGCGGCUCAAGAGCACGCUGGGGAGUGUGCUGGUGGAUGCGUACGCAGCAUACCAGACAUCGUUUCCGCCGUGGACCGACAGCAUACGCGACCUGCCCGUCGUCGAGCCGUUUCUCGAGUCCUAUGCAAACAGACUUCGCUCCGACAAGACAGGGCCAUCGAUCGACGAUCUCGGCGAGAAGGCCAUCAUCGGCAUGUGGACGUUUCACACAACAAUCGUCGAACCGCUGAUUGACGUAUACGCCCGAAUGACUCUCGAGAAGCUCUCAAGCCACCUCGAGGUGAAGAACAAUAUAGCUUAUGUGAGCAACUGGAUACCAGACGGAGAUGGACCAGACGUCAGCAGUCCGGAACCUCCGCUGAGCCCGACAGAGCGCAUGCGCAUCCUGAGAGCCAUGUAUCGCUUCCAGCUGCACGGCCACAUCUUCGGGUCCCAAGGCCGGACCAGGCCGAGGUUUGAAGAUGACCCAUAUGUGUCUAUAGACGAUGUCACACGGCUCUUCUUCAAUCUGUUCGAGCCCUGGGAGUUUGAGGAGAUUGCGAGUUUCGAGUAUCAUGCUUAUAAUGUGUGGAACGCCAUUUGCAUGACUUUUGGUGACGAGAUACGCGAAACAAGCCCUCUUUUUGAGUUUGUGAGUCCUCCAGCUGGCAAGCGGCUCAUGGAACCCUCUGGCACCGUUUCUCGGGGCUUGAGACCUCUGCAUGCGAUUUCCUUUGUCGGCGGCGAUGCUGCGAAGCGCAUCAAGGUGAUGCACGAGGUACUGGCAUGGCCCACGAUUGAGUUUAAUUGCAUUAGCAUCUGGUGGAGUAGAUACUUUCUGAGAUAUCGAAAGCAUAACCCGACGGAGCGUGACUGGAAAGAGGUCCGCGGCGACCGUUUGCCGUUCAACGGAGAUGGAGAGUCGGACGAGCUGCAGCCUCGCCCUCCCGCGGCCUGGGUAAUGCUCUGGAGAGGAAGAUACUCGAAUGUACGCUCUGUUCACUGGCAAUUACAUGAUUGGGGAUACGUGAUGUGGGAUAAGGAGCGGAUAGAUGCCACCGGGGCGGGAAAAAUCCUUUACGACUACAUCGUCGAGGACAGCGGGUUUGGCACCAUAGACUACCCCAGCUCUGAGGAAGAUGGUUAUGAUUCUUGGCUGGACGAUGAGGCUGAGUUUGAAGAGACUGGGUCCGGCCAUAGCUUAAGCCGGCAGACAAGUAGCGCUGAUGUAUGA